AUGGGAAUGAACGUAGAAGACAAGUCAUAUUCCUGUGAAUAUUGUAAAAAGACAUUUAGGUACAUUUCAUGUUGGAAAGUACAUUUGAGGACACAUACUGGAGAAAAACCGUAUUCUUGUGAAGUUUGUGCAAAGUCAUUUUCUCAGAGUGGAGACUUGAAAGUCCAUUUGAGAAUACAUACAAAAGAAAGACCAUAUACUUGUGAAAUUUGUAAAAAGACAUUUUCCGUGAGUGGAAGUUUGAAAGAUCAUUUGAGGACACAUACAAAAGAAAAACCAUUUUCUUGUCAAAUUUGUAAAAAGUCAUUUUCUCAGAGUGGAAGUCUAAGGAACCAUUUGAGAACACGUACUAAAGAAAAACCAUAUUCUUGUGAACUUUGCAAAAAGUCAUUUUCUGUGAGUGGAAGAUUGAAAGUUCAUUUGAGGACACAUACAAAGGAAAAACUAUAUUCUUGUGAUAUUUGUAAAAAGACAUUUUCUGAGAGUGGAAAUUUGAAAGUUCAUUUGAGGACACAUACAAAGGAAAAACCAUAUUCUUGUGAAAUUUGCAAAAAGACAUUUGUUCAGAGUGGAAAUCUAAGGACCCAUUUCAGGACACAUACUAAAGAAAAGCCAUACUCUUGUGAAAUUUGUAAAAAGUCAUUUUCUGAGAGUGGAAAUUUGAAAGUUCAUUUGAGGACACAUACAAAGGAAAAACUAUAUUCUUGUGAAGUUUGUAAAAAGACA